CACCGACCAUGGCGGAGCCCACGGUGUGCUCCUUCCUCACCAAGGUGCUGUGCGCCAACGGCGGCCGCAUGUUCCUGCAGGACCUGCGCGGCCACGUGGAGCUGUCGGAGGCCAGGCUGCGGGACGUGCUGCAGCGGGCCGGGCCCGACCGCUUCCUGCUGCAGGAGGUGGAGAUGAAGGAGGGCCUCUGGGACGCCGAGGCCGAGGCGGCGGCCGGCGCGGGCGGCGCGGGCGGGAGCGGAGGCGCCUCGGCUUGGAGGGUGGUGGCCGUGUCCUCCGCGCGCCUCUGCGCCCGCUACCAGCGCGGCGAGUGCCGGGCCUGCGACCAGCUGCACCUCUGCCGCCGGCACAUGCUGGGCAGGUGCCCCCACCGGGACUGCUGGUCUACCUGUACCCUUUCCCAUGAUAUCCACACGCCUGUCAACAUCCAAGUGCUGAAAAACCACGGACUUUUUGGCCUCAAUGAAGCCCAGCUUCGGAUCUUGCUUUUGCAGAAUGACCCCUGCCUUUUACCAGAGGUCUGUUUGCUCUACAACAAAGGCGAAGCCCUCUAUGGAUACUGCAACCUCAAGGAUAAAUGCAACAAGUUUCACGUGUGCAAAUCCUUUGUCAGGGGAGAGUGCAAACUUCAGACCUGCAAACGAUCCCAUCAGCUCAUUCAUGCUGCAGCCUUGAAGUUGCUGCAGGACCAAGGACUGAAUAUUCCAAGUGUUGUUAAUUUUCAGAUAAUCUCUACCUACAAGCACAUGAAGUUGCACAAGAUGCUUGAAAAUAAAGAUAACUCAGCAUCUCCCACUGAGCACGCACAGGGCCUUGAGAAACCAGGUGCACACGCAGCCCGGGCUGCAGCAGCCAGCCCUCUGGCUUCUGCCCCUGCUCAGGCAGCCAAGAAGCCCUCCCCAGGUAAACCUUAAAGAGGGUCAGUGAACUAACAAGAAGCUUGUCCAACUUGGAAGAUCUGAAAACAAGCCUUCUUUUGAGCUUUAAUUUGUAACCAUUCAUUCCUUUAAUCAUUUAUUCAUAGUGGUCAUAAUAAUAUCUACCUCACAGCGUGUUGUGAGAAGUAAAGAAGAUGGGAAGGGAACAAAUGUCAGACUUGGAGCAUAAUGUUGGGGAUGGGUGGUUGGGGAUGAGGUUGGACCUUGAGCUGGCAAAGGGAGGGGAAGGCUGGGUGCAGAUGGGGUCAGUCCAGGGCAAGUCCUGGACAUGGCAGCUUCGCCUGCAGUUCUGAGCGCUUGCCCCGGACUGGGCCGAUAGAGCUUUUCAGGGGAGUUUUUCCUGACUUCUGUGGUCCAGCCAGUGGUUUUCUAUGUGCCCAUAAACACAGUUUACAUAGUGGUAAUCAUAGAGUAUGUACACUUUGUACACAAUUUUUUUUUACUUAAUGUUUGUUUCACAAGCAUCUUUCCAUAUUUAUUCACAUUAUCGUAUAUAAUCUUUUUUCACACAGAUACAUUAAUAUAUCAUAGUUUAUUUAACUACUUAUUCUGGGAUGUUUCAGUUCUUUCUAACAAAGUUUGAAUAUAAUUCAUUUCUUAAAAUCUGUACAAUAUUGAAUUUUUAAAGUUAUUCUUUACAUUUGCUUAGCUUAUAGGUGCUAAAUGACAUUGUCUUCUGCGUUUUUAAAAAUAUAUAUGUGAGUGAGUAGUUUUCUGUGUAUCUGCUUUCUGUAUGUCUUUGUCAUUUUAUACAUGGCCUUUUAUUAAUGGGGACCUUCUGUAUGCAGAUGUAGGUGGCCUUUAAGGAGGCUCCUUAAUUUUCAUAAAAGGAUGUCAGCCAUACUGUGCUCAGAGGAUAUCCAAUUUCUGUAGAUCCAUCUCAGCCGACACUACAGAGCAUAUAACCUUCGGGUUCUCACCAGCGAUUUCUACCUCACUGUCUCUACUUUUCAUCUCUUAUUGAACUUUUACCAAAGCCCGAAUGCUAUAGUUUGAAGGAUGUGUGGUUUUUCCAUUCCUCUAAAUCGAACGCGUUCUUUCUAUGGAUCAGGAUGGGCCACUGGAGGUCUGUCUACCUCGUCCAUUUCGUGUGGACUCUCCCCUGUCUCCCUUCUCUCCUCCUCUCUGCUCUCCACCCACCCAGCUGUCCUCCUCAAGCUACACUGCAAGAUUUUCUUCUUUGUUUUCUUCAAGGGGUACCACAAAGAAGCAGCUUUAUGGAAUCCUUUGCUGUGUUUAUUGUAGUAAUAUUCCCAAAUGUCAUGGUGUAAAGUUGGUUUUUUUUUAAUUUAACUGUUCUGCAGUAACACCACAUUUGAGAAGUAGGGACAAUGUAAUGAGUUUUCAUAAAGCUAAAUUAACUUAGAAAAGUUUUUUUUAAAAAUCAUGAAAUGCUAUCUUUUGAUUGGGGGGAAUGCAAAAAUGUCCUUUUUAAAGUGAGAAAAUGCUGUGUUUUCUCCUAAUGGACAACAGUCAUGUAACUUGUGUUAAUCUUUUUACUUUGGUUGUCAACAAUAGUAUUUCUGAAAGCCCUUAUUUUCUGCAUAUUUUGUUUCUUUUUUUCUAGCUCUGAUUUCUCCUGGUGCUAAUUUCUUAAAAAAAUAUUUUUACAUUUAAUUAUUAUUGUUAUUUACACUUUAUUAUUUUACUAUGUAUAUUUUUGUAGUAAGCCAUCUUAAAUCCUUAAUGGAAACAGAGCAGGGUAUAAAUGCAUACCCCUUACAUUGAGAAACUUGGUAGAUGUUUACAGUUUUGUGUUCUUUUAUAUAUCUUAUAAUUAUGCUUUUAUAUAUGAAGUUGUUGACCCUCUGUAAUCUUGGUUGCAAUAUUUUAUUCAAUUCUAUAAUAUUCCAUUUUAAUCUUAGUUAUGUUGGUAUUCAUUCUGUAAAAAUAUUUUACAUCAUUAUACCUGUCUCUCUUAUUUUCAUCUCAGGAUGAACAGGAUUCAGCUGUUAGAGAGUUUUCAUCACAUUACAGUUGGAGAUGAGUUUUCUUUGGUAAUUUAUUGGUAUUUAUGAGGUAAAGCCACAUGUCUAUAGACUCCCCAAAUUCAACAUAUCCUAAAUUGAAUUAUUCAUUUUCCUCCAGUCUUGUUCUUCCUUUUAUUUCCUUAUUUUUUAAUGUCAUUACCGUCUACCUAAUGACAUAAACCAAAAAAAACUGCAAAUUUUCCUAUACUGUUCUUUCUCCUUGUUCCCUGUAUCAAAUUGAUUACCCAGCGGGAGAGGUUUUUUCCCCUCAAAAACCUCUCAAUGUUUAUCCCUCUCUGCCCUUUUCUUUCCAUCCCCUACACAGCGCCUAGUUUCAAACCCUCAUCACAGCCUGCGUGUAUUCCAAGGAUGCAGAACUCAGUGGUUUUCAAGUUGUGUUGUGGGAGUUGUUGUAGGAGGUGCCAGGUUUAUUGUAGGAAGUGCCCUGUCCCACUUCAAUGAUGGUAGCCCUGUUUUAAUUUUUAACAUAAUAGGAUUUUGUGGAUUUCACUGGUCUCCUGACCACUCUUCUCUUGCUUUCCACCUGGCUGCCUGGUUGGACGUUUGAAAACAGACCUAAUGAUAUUGCUCUUUUUUUGGCUAAAACCUUCAUUGAUCCCCAUCAUGUAGGGUGGAAGUCACAAACUCAGAUGCUUUCGAGGACCAGAAGGGUGAGUUGAAAGGAUGAAGUGGAUUGGAUGCCAGAGGAAUGGGACAAGGGAGGAAGUGCUGUGGCAAUUGGUCCCAUCUGAAAGGGGCACCUGCCUCUGGUUUCUGUGUGGGAAAGUGGGCCCAGUUUCUCAUAUUGUCCCAUUUUUUAAAAAGAAGCUGGAAAUCUAGAUUUUUAUGAGACAUUCUCUGAUUUUUAUUAAUAAAUAUUGACUUUUGACUUUUUGAGAUGCAGGCCAAUAUUGUGUGUACUUGACCUGCUUCGAAUUUUUGGGAUGUGCCAUUUUAUCUUGUGAUUCUCUGUAUUUGUCAGUGAUGUUCCCUCUUCACAAGUGCCUUUCCUUCUUCCUUCCUCCUGCUUCAAAACCUGCCAAAAUUCGAUUCUUCAAAAUGCCAGAUUGGCCUCUCCUGACCUCAAGAGAGGCAGCUCUUGCAGCGUUCUUAGAGUGCUGGCAUCAUACUUAGUACGUUGCAUUGCAAUGCUUUGUGUUUUUAUCCGUUGGUUUUGAGCAAAAACAUUAUUUAUUCUUGGUAAUUCUAACACUUGGUAGUUAAGACAUAUUUUUUGCCAUAUAAUGAAUUAAACAUUAUUUGAAUCUGUUUGAAUCAAUAUAUUGGUCUCCAUUGUUCUUCCCUCACUUGUAUUUUUCUAAUAUUCAAAAAUCUUUUUUCCCCCUAAGGAAUGUGUUAUAUAAGGUAAUCAUCUUUUUAGUGCUUAAAUUUGAAUUGUCUGGGUCUAAAAUUAACUCUUUAAGGCUUAUGUUUAUGAUACUAAAUCUUUCCAUUGAGUGUUUAAGUCUCUCCAUUAUUGUCAUGUUUCUUGAUUUCUUUCAUUACACUUUGUUCUUAUUUUUGUCUAGGUCUUAUAUAUACCUUAUUAAACCAGUUCUUUCUUGGGUGUUUUAUAUCUGUAUUGCUACUCAGCAUGGGAGUCUGUAUCAUUAGAAAACUUAAUUUAAAAAAUAUUUAUCUUUUGAUGAAUUGUCUUUGUUCUAACAGUUUUAGGUGGCCUAUUUGUUUUUUUCCAACUAUAAAAUCAUACUUGCAAAAAUACCUGUUUUCUUAGGUAUCUCUAUUUUAUUUUAGCAUUUAGUAAAAAUUGUGAAAAGUUCUUUUUAUAUUUCUUCAUUAAAUAUGAAAUUAAUUGUUGGUUUUAAACAAAUGUUCUUUAUUCAGAUAAGAGAAAUAACAUCUCUUCUUGUUUGUUAGAAGCUAAAGCCUUGAUAAAAAGAAUUGGUAUCUUUUGAUAUAAUCAUAUUUUUAUCAUUUAAAUCACCUAAUAUGAUUAUACUUAAGGUUUUCAUUAUAUUAAAACAUCCUUAAAUUCCUGAGAUAAACUCUACCUGAUUAUGGCAUAUGUUCCUUUAAUGUAUUAUUUUUCCUAUUUGUUAUACAUCUAUACAUUCAUAAAUAAAAUUCAUUUAUAUUUUA